CGCUGGCGCCAGGAAGUCGACAAGAACUCAGACGCGAAACAGGAGAAAAUGAAAUUUCUCGACAGCAAGAUUGUCAGAAAUAUGGUAGACAAUGUUAGAAAGCGCAUUGGUCUCAAUAUCGAUUAUGAAACUGCACAUUUAAUGCACACAACGUGUGCUUUCGAAACUGCAUUGAAUCGAAGUGCAGUAUCUCCCUGGUGUAAAAUAUUCACGUUAAAUGAUUUCAGGGUCUUUGAAUAUGUAGAAGAUCUAGAAUUCUAUUGGAUCGAUGGAUAUGGCUACCCAUUAACUUAUGAGCAAGCGUGUCCUGCCUUGAAAGAUGUGUUCGACUCUUUUGGAUCCAACGAAGGGGCAGUGACAACAGCUUAUUUUACACAUUCCGGCACGAUUUUGAAAUUAACAGCUUUACUCGGACUAGCCAAAGAUGCACAUCCUUUGACGCACAAUUCCUUUGCAUUACGUAAGAACGAAGACAAAAGGGCGUGGAGAAGCAGUAUUAUCGAUACGUUUGCAUCUAACAUGGCAUUUGUUUUGUACGAUUGCGAAUAUUACGGGCCCAGUGUUUUAUUCAUGCUUCAGGAACGACCGGUAUAUUUACCAGGCUGUCCGAAAGACAGGCCAUGUCCAUUGUACACCAUGAAGGCAAUGUAUCCAGAUAGCGACGAAGAAUGUCAGUUUGACGCCAUGUGCCAUACAACAAAAUAAGACAAUGCUGAAGAUAUUUUUGCAAUAAUGCCACACACAUAUCCAUCCUUUUAUUUACAUAUCUAGAUACAAAUAUAUUAAUUCAGUUGUUAAAAGAAGAUAUUUUUCUAAGAGAAAUUUUGCUGAGGUAUACCUGAUUCAUUUUUUGAUGAAUUCAGAAUCUAUGUUUUUAAAAAUGUACAGUA